AUGACAAGUCUACCAAGUGAAGAGGAAAGAGAAUGUUUCCAUCAAAUAGUCUGUACACUUCCCAACAUAUUAUCCACUCUAUGGCAGCAAAAGCAAAAACAAAAACAAAAGGAAGAAGAAGAACAAGAAGGGAAAUUACGUAUAGUGAGAUUAAUAGCUCAGCUUCAUCGUAUGUUAGAUAUUGCCGCUCAGCUUCUCACGUCUCCAGUCACGAAUCGUAUUGAAUUUGAACGGGUUUUACUUCUCUUGGAUGAGAAGACUAAUAUAUUUUUUGAUCUCUUGCGGCGUAUUCUUUUAAUGAACUCUCAUGAAAGAGAAGGUAAUAAUAAUCAUUAUCAUGGGAUAUUAUUAUCUAUACCAGAUAUACAGUUUGAAUGCUUACAACUUCUUUUACGUUUAUUUUCCGAUGCAUUUCACAGUACGAGUAGAAGUGUGGAGUUUAUACAAUAUUUAAAAACUGCAACUCAAUCUUUACAUCUUGUGGAAUUACUAAUGAAAUACAUCCCAAAGUUUCCAAAAGAGAAAAAAGAAGAAAAAGAAAAAGAAGAAGAGGCCUUGACGCCUAAUGAAUGUACAGCUGUUGAACUACUUACAUUAUUAGUAGAACAUCAGUAUGUGACUCACGAACUUUUAUUAGGAAACUAUAUCGUUAAACUUACAGGACUCUGUUGUUUACAUCAUUCACAAGUACAGAGAUGUGGAGUAUACAUCUUGGAAUAUAUAUUAGUUCAACAACAACAACAAGAGGAAGAAGAAGAAGAAGAAGAGAUAUUAAAGAGAAAAUUAUUAUUAAACUUGACAGAAGGAUAUUCAGAGAUGAAGAUAAUUAGGUGGAUGAGUGAAGAGGCGUGGUUAAACCUCAUUACGGCACUCACAUCACCUAAUUUAUCUCUUCAUCAAAUACAUAUACUCACUUCAUUAAUGUUAUUGUCUCUACCUAUGAUGUUAAGUCAAUAUAAAGAAGAUAUACAUGCCUCUAUUACACUUCUUAUCCGUUCACUGUUGAAAAUUAUCAUUCACACAUAUUCUUUAUCGUUACUACAUUCAUUCUUUCCAUCUACGUGGAUUGCCACUGCUGGGAAAGAGGAGAGACUACCUUCUCUGGUCUUCUCAGAUCAGCAUAAAUUAUCUCCAUUAUUUCUCCUGCGGCAGUUAUUGUCUUGUAAGACUGAACUCAUUCAUUCUAUUUCUAUGAAACCCAUUUUAGAAAUUUUACUUUAUUCUGAUAGAGAAGUAGAGGGAUAUUUAUUGUUUGUGAUGAUUCAACUCUGGAUGCACUGUGGUCGUGGGACGGAAUUGUUAUUUGUUCUUAGUAUGGAAAAUAGUCUGCGGGCACGAUUAUAUCAUUUAAUAGAAAGUUCACAAAAUACCGGUAUAAUAGCAGUAGUGCCUCUUCUCUUAUGUAUAGGAAGAAACUCUGCGUGUGUGGCCUCACGUGAAUUGCGUGAACUUCUCUCAUCAUCAUCCUCAUCAUCAUCAUCAUGUGAACAGUACCCACUGGGUUUUUAUUAUCUGCAAUGUUUGCUUGAUAUCCUCUCCGUAUGUGAUGUGGGAGAUAAUGGGAAUAAUAAUAAUAAUAAUAAUAAUAAUAAUAAUAAUAAUAAUAAUAAUAAAUUACCGUUUAUACGAUUGCACAUGUAUGAUCUAGAUGGAUCUUUAGUGAAUGAUGUGUUAUUUGUGGAUUUAUUAUACCCAACAGCAUGGGAGGAGUUAUUAGUAUUGCAGGAGGCUUCUAUGGCACUUUUACAGCCAUUAGAGAAACGUCCUAAAACAUCACGUUUAUUAGAAUUACGUAAUUCUCUUGGUAUUGCACGGUAUAAUUACUUUAAUCAUAAUAAUAAUAAUAAUUACUCUUCUAUCUCUUCUUAUGCUUGUGGAGAUCAUAUUAGGAAUGAUUGUAGUGAAGAUGGUAUAGACCAAUGGAGACGACAUCAAGUGUUAACAGCUGCUCUCUGUUGUGUACUCUUUAUGCCUUAUUGUCCCACUACUGAUGAGUAG